AUGCUUCUCCGACAACGAGUCUCCAGGCCAGCCACGCCAGGCCAGCUUUCCCGGAGCGUGCAAAGGGCGUUUACAGUGUCUCCUUCGGCAGGACUCUCAUCAAAUGCUUCAAGCCGCCUAGGCAGCAGGCUCAUUCCCAAGUCUCAGAUUCCGAGGUCAAGCCCUCAUGCUGCGACGAGGUCGACAUUCUCCACCUCCGCGAUACUCUCCGACAAGAAAGGAAGAGGAUUCUUCGACAAUACGAUUGAGCCUCUCUCAGAAGAAGAGGCGAAGGCAAACCUGAAGAAGCAAACUGAGGAGCUAGAAAAGGAGAUCAGUGAGGCCAAAUCGUCGAGCGCCGACGGCCCUGCCAGCGGUGAAGGCAAAUCAGACCCGGCAGACGGCAAAGGCAGUGCUGCCGGCGGUGCGGCUGGAUCUGGAUCGGGCAGCGAUGGAUCGGGAGACGGGGGCCGCAAGGGCCGGAAAUCAGAAAGAGCUUUGCAAAAGCCAACCGUGCCGGAUGUAUACCCCCAGGUCAUGGCGAUUCCGAUCGCCAGGAGGCCGCUCUUCCCCGGCUUUUACAAGGCGAUUACGAUUAAGGAUCCCAACGUCGCGGCGGCCGUCACUGACAUGAUCAAGCGGGGGCAGCCUUACGUCGGAGCCUUCCUGUUCAAAGACGAGAACGCAGAUGACGACGUUAUUCACAAUGCGGAUGAUGUGUACGAUACGGGUGUCUUCGCUCAGAUCACGAGUGCUUUCCCCGUCCACGGCGAGCAGAACAGUCUGACGGCCAUCUUGUACCCACAUCGACGUAUCAAGCUGUCAACACUGAUUCCACCAGGGCAGAGCGAUGCCAAGAAAUCCGAACCCACCGAUACCCCUUCUCCAACCACGAAUGCGACUCCGGAACCAGAGCCAGAAGUAAUACCAACACCAAAGCCUACCGAGGAAGAUGCUUCACCUGAUAAGAAGGGUGAUGUCGUGGCCAGCUUUGAGGAAAGCGCUGUUGCCUCGAAGGCAGACGGUAGCGCCGAGAAAUAUGAGCCGACAUCAUUCCUGCGAAAGUACCCAGUCAGCCUGGUCAAUGUCGAGAAUCUGACCGACGAGCCAUACGACCCCAAGAGCCCGGUCAUCCGCGCCGUGACGAACGAGAUCGUCAAUGUUUUCAAAGAGGUUGCCCAGAUGAAUAGUCUGUUCCGCGACCAGAUAUCGACCUUCUCCAUGAGUCAGUCCACUGGCAAUGUGACGGCCGAGCCAGCCAAGCUUGCCGAUUUCGCUGCUGCUGUCAGCGCUGGAGACUCGGCGGAACUUCAGGAGGUCCUUUCAAGCUUGAAUGUUGAGGAGAGGAUGCAAAAAGCACUCGUCGUUCUGAAGAAAGAGCUCAUGAACGCGCAAUUACAGUCGAAAAUCACGAAGGACGUAGAAAGCAAGAUCACCAAGAGACAAAGGGAGUACUGGCUCAUGGAGCAGAUGAAGGGCAUUCGUCGCGAACUCGGCAUUGAAUCUGACGGAAAGGACAAGCUGGUCGAAAGGUUCAAGGAGAAGGCUGAUAAACUGGCGAUGCCGGAAGCCGUGCGCAAGGUGUUCGAUGACGAAAUCAAUAAACUCGCACACCUCGAGCCAGCGGCGUCUGAAUUCAACGUCACAAGGAAUUAUUUGGACUGGCUUACGCAGAUUCCGUGGGGCCAGAGGAGUGCGGAGAACUUUGAGAUCCAAAACGCGAUGAAAGUGCUGGAUGAGGACCACUACGGACUCAAGGACGUCAAGGACCGCAUCCUCGAAUUCAUCGCCGUUGGCAAGCUGCGUGGCACAGUUGAAGGCAAGAUCCUGUGCUUCGUGGGUCCGCCGGGUGUGGGCAAGACCAGUAUCGGUAAAUCAAUUGCUCGAGCACUGAACCGCCAGUACUACAGAUUCAGCGUCGGUGGUCUCACAGACGUCGCCGAAAUCAAGGGCCAUCGGAGAACAUACGUUGGUGCACUCCCCGGCCGGGUCAUUCAAGCUCUCAAGAAGUGCCAGACUGAGAAUCCGCUCAUCCUGAUUGAUGAGAUAGAUAAGAUCGGUCGUGGAUACCAAGGAGACCCUUCGUCAGCACUGCUCGAGCUGUUAGACCCGGAGCAGAACAGCUCAUUCCUGGACCACUACAUGGAUGUGCCUGUUGACCUAUCAAAGGUCCUGUUCGUGUGCACAGCGAACAUGACUGAUACCAUCCCGAGGCCCCUACUUGAUCGUAUGGAAGUGAUCAGGCUUUCCGGUUACGUAUCCGACGAGAAGAUGGCCAUUGCGGAGAGAUACCUCUCGCCAGCUGCCAAGGAACUGGCUGGCCUCAAGGAGGCGAACGUCAAAUUGUCUGACGAGGCCAUUGAGGAGCUUAUCAAAUCAUACUGCCGAGAGUCCGGUGUGCGAAACCUGAAGAAACAAAUCGAGAAGGUGUAUAGGAAAUCUGCCCUGAAGAUUGUCCAGGACCUCGGCGAGGAUGUGUUGCCAGAAGAGAAGGCUUUGACCGACGAGGGCAAGGCAGCCUUGGAAGAGUCAGAAAAGGAGAAGAAGACAGCAGAGUCAGAUCCUGCGUCAGCCGCGACAGCUUCCGAGAAGGAGACAACCGAGCAGCCCCGCGUGGCAUUGAAGGUGCCCGAUACUGUUCAGGUCACGAUCGACAAGGACAACCUGAAGGACUAUGUUGGACCACCAGUAUUCACCUCUGACCGGCUCUACGAUGUCACGCCUCCAGGUGUCACAAUGGGCCUGGCUUGGACGCAGAUGGGAGGUGCUGCGAUGUACGUCGAGUCCAUCCUGCAGUCUUCCCUGAAGCCCAAGACCACUGGCGCACUGCAGAUCACUGGCAACCUUAAGACGGUCAUGAAGGAGUCGUCAACGAUCGCUUACUCGUUUGCGAAAUCGUUGAUGGCCAACAAGUUCCCUCAAAAUCACUUCUUCGACCACGCCAAAGUGCAUGUGCACGUCCCAGAGGGCGCGGUGCAAAAGGAUGGACCAUCUGCCGGAGUGACAAUGGCGACGUCCCUGCUCUCACUUGCAUUUGAGACACCAGUGGACCCUACAGUAGCCAUGACGGGUGAGCUGACGCUCACUGGCAAGGUGUUGAGGAUAGGCGGGCUACGAGAGAAAACUGUGGCAGCACGACGAGCCGGCUGUAAGAUGAUCAUCUUCCCAGACGACAACUUGUCAGAUUGGCUCGAGCUUCCUGAGAACAUCAAAGAGGGCAUCGAAGGACGGCCAGCGAGCUGGUACAAUGAGAUCUUCGAUCUCAUCUUCCCGAAUCUCGAUCACGAAAAGGCCAACACCGACAAGGCCUCCCAGUACAAGGGCCCCGACUCCAAUGACGGCAGCAGCAGCAAGGAGGAGGGCAGCGAGAGCGAGUAG